UAUUGGUCUUCGCUCGUGUCUUACUAUUUUCUAAUCACGUCAAUCAAAAUUAUUGGUGUUCAUUCACCAAAGCAGUAAGUUUGGUUUUGGUUUCUUUCUGAAAGUUUGAGCAAAGAUGGGAGGCUGUCUAUCAGUAUUACCAUGGAAAGAAGCGGUACAGCAAGCCUGCAACUGCUUAUUUGGUGAUGGAAAUUACAUUCAUAUGAUGAAGGCUAAUCUCGAGGCUCUGGAGGGAACUAUACAAGAACUUAGACGUAUGCGAGUUGAUCUGUUAACAAGAAUUUCCGUAGAAGAAGAUAAAGGUUUGGAGCGGCUUGCUCAAGUAGAAGGAUGGUUGUCAAGUGUAGAAAGUCUUGACUCUCAGGUCAGUAUUCUGCUUGAGGAUAAACCAACUGAAAUCAACAGAUUGAUUCUUUUUGGAUAUUUUUCCGAAAAUUGCAUAUCAAGCUAUGAGUAUGGUAAAGAGGUAUCAAAGAAGUUGGAAGAAGUCAAAGAGCUUCUAUCUAAAGGAGUUUUCAAAGAUGUGGCCGGAAUGAGACCUUUGCCAAAGGUGGAGAAGAAAUUUAUCCAAACAACAGUAGGUUUGGAUUCGAUGGUUGGAAAGGCAUGGGACAGCAUCAUGAAAACUGAACGAAGAACGUUAGGUAUAUAUGGCAUGAGGGGAAUUGGAAAAACAACCCUCUUAUAUGCUAUCAACAACAAAUUCUCGGAAGAGCUUAAUGACUUUGAUGUUGUGAUAUGGGUUGUGGUCUCUAAAGAUUUGCAAUACAAGAGCAUUCGGGAUCAGAUUCUACGAAGAUUACGUGUUGACAAGGAUUGGGAAGAUCAAACAGAGGAUGAGAAAGUAUCUUCCAUUGCCAAUAUCCUAGGAAGAAAGAAAUUUAUACUGCUAUUGGAUGAUCUGUGGAGCGAGGUAGAUUUGAGCAAGAUUGGAGUUCCACAUCCAACUCAGGAAAAUGGAUCGAAGAUAGUUUUCACCACUCGUUCAAAGAAAGUUUGCAGAGACAUGGAAGCUGAUGAGGAGCAGAAAAUUGAUUGCUUGUCAAAGAAUGAAGCGUGGGAACUGUUUCAAAAUGCAGUUGGAGAAGUCCCAUUAAAAAAGCCCCGCCAUCCGGAUAUUCCCGCACUUGCAAAAAAAAUAUCCGAAAAAUGUUAUGGCUUGCCACUUGCACUCAAUGUGAUUGGCAAAGCCAUGUCAGAUAAAGAGGAUGUACAUGAAUGGCGUUAUGCAAUUGAUGUUCUAAGCACGUCUAGCCACAAGAUGUUUCCAGAUAUGGAAGAAAAGAUUCUUUCGAUUUUGAAGUUCAGCUAUGAUGGAUUAAAGGAUGAAAAGGUGAAAUCAUGCUUCCUAUAUUGUUCUUUGUUCCCGGAAGAUUAUGAAAUAACGAAGGAGGAGUUGAUCGAAUAUUGGAUCAGCGAAGGAUUUAUAAAGGGAAAGAGAGAUGAAGAUGGAAGUAACAACCAAGGUCAUGUUAUAAUUGGUUCCUUAGUUCGUGCGCAUCUAUUGAUGGAGUUCGAAAAAGAAUUCACACCUGCUGUGAAAAUGCAUGAUGUGCUACGUGAAAUGGCUCUUUGGGUAGCGUCUACGUUUGGAAAAGAGGAAGAAAAACAGUGCGUCAAAACCGGUGUGAAGCUAGGCCUUAUACCAAAGGACAUCGACUGGUCAGGUCUGAGAAGGAUCUCGUUGAUGAGUAAUCGAAUUGAAAAGACAGCUUACUGUCCUGAAUGCCCCCACCUUUCGACUCUACUUCUCGGGGAUAACAAGUUGGAGGGUAUAUCGGGUAACUUCUUUCAGUUUAUGCCAGUCCUUGUCGUCUUGGAUCUUUCGCGUAACCGUGAUCUUAGUGAAUUGCCUGAAGAAAUUUGCAGCUUGACUUCCUUGCAAUACCUCAAUUUAUCAUACACAAGUAUAAGUUCGUUAUCAGUUGGUUUGAAGAGGUUAAGGAAACUAAUAAGCCUGGACCUGGAGUUUACCUGGAUUGAAAGCAUUGAUGGGAUAGGAACAAGCUUACCAAAUCUUCAGGUCUUGAAACUAUAUCAUUCUAGUGUUCAAUUUGAUGCAAGUUCAAUUGAAGAGCUUCAACUUUUAGAGCACUUGAAGAUUUUAACAGGAAACGUGACAGAUGCUUUAAUGUUGGAAAGUAUCCAAAGAGUGGAGCGACUGGCGAGUUGUGUUCAACGCCUUUGGAUUAUCAGUUGUUUCACCGAGGUUGUAACAUUGAACACGGUAGCUCUGGGUGGUCUUCGAGAACUUAAUAUUGAGUUGUCCGAAAUCUCAGAGAUAAAGAUAGACUGGAAAAACAAAGAGAAGGAAGAUCUUCUAUGUAACAGUUCUCCAAGCUUCAAGAACCUCUCAAGUAUUUUUUUACGCAAUCUGGAAGGUCCAAAAGAAUUGACCUGGUUAUUGUUUGCUCCAAAUCUCAAGCAUCUACAUGUGGGAAGUUCAGGAAGCCUAGAAGAAAUAAUAAAUACGGAGAAGGGAAUGCGUAUUGGCAAUGUGCAUCCUGACAUGAAGGUUCCCUUUCAGAAGCUAGAAUCCCUCAGUUUAAGGGGUUUGGAUGAAUUAAAGAUGAUAUGCUCAACUCCUCCGGCUCUUCCAUCCCUGAAAAAAUUUGUUGUGGAACACUGCCGAAAUCUGCCGAGAGCCGCCAGGGAGAGUUUCCGAGAGCAUGAACAGGAAUAAUGAAGUUGAUGAAUGAGGCUCCGAAGCUCCAUUGCAUAUGUCAUAUGCGUUUGAGUGUAUCCUUUCAGUUUUUAAACUUGGUUUUGGUGUUGAAAAAAAAAAAUUGGUUUUGGUUUUAUGUUGUGCUUUUGCUUGAAUGAGGCUACGAAGCCCCAUUGCAUAUGUCAUAUGUGUGUGAGUGUAUCAUUUCAGUUCUUAUACUUGGUUUUGGUGUUGAAAAAAAAAAAACUUGGUUUUGGUUUUAUGUUGUGCUUUUGCUUGAAUGUCACUGUUCUCAAGUUGUAUUUCUCAAAACUGGAAACUUUCAUUGUUGCAUUUCCACUUCUCUCCAGUUUGUAAUUUGAUACAUUUUCCUCAAAGCUUUCAUUUGUGUGUUUUCUGAUUCAUGGAUCUCUAACUCAAACUAUGACGCAAAACAUCACUGUUUAUAGUAAUAAAAUGACAGUGGCUGAGCAUUCGUCUUCUUCCGUUUCUGCAGCGUUUCAACGUAGUCGUCGGCUUCGGGUAUCAUGGUCUGCCAAAAUGGCUUUCAAAAAUUGUUAUGUACCUCUUCAAAUUAUAACGACAAAGGAGACAUAUUUGAAUGAUAACAACCUGUCAUCUGGAUCAGC